AUCUUUCUCGAGAUUUUUCUCAACUUCUUAACGAUGCCAAUGAUUAUAAUAUCAUUAUUCAAGCUGGAAAAGAACCUGAGUUAAAAGAAUUUAAAGCUCAUUCUAAUGUUUUGUGUGCUAGAUCCUCUUAUUUUAAAAAUAUUUUACGCAAUAAACCUGUGGAAAAUGAAAAUGAAGCUAUAGUCAUAAAAACUGAUAUUUCUCCAAAUAUAUGUCUUGUGAUUCUUCA